AGGUAGGAGGUCCCUGGCGCCACUAAGACCUCUGCAGUUAGUUGUGAAAACAGGAUCGUCGAGUUUUGGGCUCAUUUUAUAUUGCGUGGCUGCACCUUUUUUUAAAAAUGAAUGAAUCUCAUAAAGAGGACAAGAUGCGGCAUGACCUUCUGCAGGAAUUCAGAUCCAUUACUUUCUCACAGGCCUACUACAAAAUUUUUCUUACCUUACUCAAAGGAAAAUAUGAAGGCAGUAGAAAUGCCUGUCAAAGCAUAGAAACUAAACUGUGGGACAUACUCAAUCAGUCGGAGAUACCUUCACCAGUACGCAUCAUGGACUUUGGAGGAGGUGAUGGAGAAACAAUGGCACCCAUCUACAGAAAACUGGACGCCCUUAAUAAGCAAAUGAUCAUCAGCGUGGAGGAACCACACGAGGAUUCUCUGAGAAAAUACAAGGAGUUGAUUGAUAACACGAGCAUGACCUGUAUUGAUAUUACCUAUUCCGGUCCGUUUCAAGACUACUAUGGGCAUACUCUAGAAGAUUUGAGGGUCAUGAAUGCCUAUCCACAACACCUACAGGACAGGGUGCUAGCACUACACGUCCUUUAUCAUCUGACAAGUAUCUUCGAUGAUCCCUUUGAUCCAUACGAGAAUAUGAAGCAAGCCAUCUCAGCAAUGUACACCAUUCUUAAACCCGGAGGGCAGAUGAUUAUAGUGUUAGAAAAAAAUGAAUUUUGUUUAAUUGGAGCUGCGUCUCUGAAGUGUUCCGAGGUUCUAUUUCCACAUAAGACAAAAAAUCACAAGUUGCUAUUUGAAGUCUGGCAAAAACUUCUGUUUAAUGGUGGUAUUGCGGACAUUUUAAAUGAGUCGUUUCCGAUGUUUAAGGCUUCAGUUCAACAGGAAGAAGUGGUCCACAACGUUGUUUUACCGACCCUAGAGGAGAUUGGAAUUGCAGUCUCUAUCGGAUGUCUACAUGGUUUGUAUGCAGACCAAUCCCCGUUUGAUCAACGUAUUCUCCAGUUCUGCGUGGAUUACGGGAAAAGUGACGGAUAUAAACAUGGCCUGUACCUUGACAGUGAGGGAAUGUGGUGCUUUCCGUUGAAUACUUAUUAUAUUACCAUCCAGAAAAACACAAAUGAAUAAUUGGUUCCAAUGGAAUAACGUUUUGAUUUCAGAGCAUUGUAAUUGCUAUUAAUUCUUUUCAGAAGUGCUUAGAGGGACAGGCAUAUACAGAAAUAUACUAGACAGACAAACGAUAAUUGACGUUAGAGAAAGUAUUAUUAUUUAUAAUCUAUAAUUUUUUUCUUAUUUACACUUGCAAUCUACAUGUACCAAGAGCAGAAUAGCUAAUAUUUUAUGUGGUAAACUUUAUUUAGUUUAUCACGCUUUUAUGGGGUAUAACGGCCCGCUUGGCGCCAGGUGUCGCUAGUGUGAUCGGUGAGGCAAAUUAAUUCAAAAGUAAUGUUAUUUAUUUUU